ACCGUCAGCUAAGCUAAGCACAGUGUCUAUCUCAGUUUUUCAGAAUUAGGGUUUUUCUGGGUUUUCAAUUUUGUUUAAGGCUUCUGGGUUCUGAUGGAGAUUUCAGCUCCUGAGGUUCUACAUGAAGAUGAACCAGUCUCUAACAAAACCCAGAUUUGUAAUCAAGAGAAAAGUAAUGAAGAAAUUUCCACGGUUCAACAGCCUCGAAGGCCAAACCUCUCCUCUCUGCAGAUACCAGAGAGGACUCUGGAAAGUAGUUUAUCUGCUUUUACGACGAUUGAUAUUCCGUCUGGACAAAGUCCUAGUUCCACUAGAGUUGGGCUGCCGCCUAGACCACAUUCAGCUAAGAUCAAAUCAUCCGUGAAAUAUCUAUUUCCUCAAAGGAGCUUUAGGGGGAAAAAUAUGACCCAUGAUGGUGAGAAGACCAUUCUCAUUCUACCAGAUACAGCUUCAUCAGAUGCUUCUUUGGAGAAGCCUUCUACCUCGAGGUCUUUCUCACUUAAUAGGAUGUUCUUCUCUCCAUCUUUAAAAGCAACACAUUCUUUACCAGUUACACCGAGUGCAAAUUCAGGUUCUGAGUCUGUGCAGGAUAGACAGUCGGAAAGUCAUUCUGAUUUUUCUAAUGAAGUUCAGCAGCAUAUGAUCCGCUCAUUUUCGGUUCCAGUAAAUGUUAAAACCAGAAGUUUAAGGCGGAUGGAUUCUGGAGGCAUGAUGCGUGUAAUUUCAACUCCACGUCCUGCAGUAGUUGAUGCUACUUCCCCAAAUAGUGCCCCAACAACGGAUACUGCUACUGAAGAUACUGGUGAGGAUAUUCCUGAAGAAGAAGCCGUUUGCCGAAUUUGUUUGGUUGAGCUCGCAGAAGGUGGUGAUACUCUUAAAAUGGAGUGCAGCUGCAAAGGAGAGCUGGCACUGGCUCACAAAGAUUGUGCAGUAAAGUGGUUUACCAUUAAAGGUAACAAGACCUGUGAUGUCUGCAGACAGGAUGUUCGAAACCUACAUGUAACACUACUUAAAAUACACAAUCCUCAAACUAUUGUAAGACGACCACCAACAAUACCCGAGCAGAGGGAAGUCGCUCGUUACAGGGUCUGGCAGGACAUACCAGUGCUUGUUCUGGUCAGCAUGCUUGCAUAUUUCUGCUUUCUGGAACAACUUCUGGUAUCUGACUUGGGACCUCGUGCUCUUGCCAUUUCCUUACCUUUCUCUUGUGUUUUAGGACUCCUUUCAUCCAUGAUUGCUUCAACAAUGGUAAGCAGGAGCUACAUAUGGGCCUAUGCCUCCUUCCAGUUUGCCGUCGUGAUCCUCUUUGCUCACAUAUUUUAUACCAUCCUUAAUGUAAAUCCAAUUCUCUCGGUCAUCCUUUCUGCAUUUACUGGCUUUGGGAUAGCGAUCAGCACAAAUUCUCUUCUAGUGGAGUAUCUUAGAUGGAAAGCAAGCAGGCAACUGGGAUCUUCCCAUACUAGCACUAUGAAUGAACUGCAAUUGCAGCACCAGCAGUGGCAGCAUGAAGAGCAAUAUUAUCGCCAUUACCAACAACAACGACGGCAACGAUUGAGAGAGGAGUCCCAGAAUCAGGUACAACAGCAAGAACAACAGCAUCAACAGCAGCAGCACCAACACCAAUUGAAUGAAGAACCAAAUGCGAAUGGUUCCUUGCGGAUAGACAUGGGACGGGAGAUGUGAUUUUAAAGAUUGAGCAAUUUUUUCAUCUUUCAGAGAUUAACAGGUUAACAGAGAAAAUACUGUGUCAGGAUAUUCAGACACAAAUGGCAAGUAACUUGACAAUAGAGGCAAUGGCAUGUUGUGGGAACGUCAAAAUCAGAAAUCU